AUGUUCGAUGUUCCUGAUGCUAAACGGAUUCGGCGGGAAGAAUUAUAUAAUUCCUCCUCGGACGAAGAGGCGCCACAUGAUGAUCAAUGGGAUUCAACUUUGCGUGAGAAAUUAAAUGCACAGUUCUCUGGUUUACUAGAUCUCAGCCUUGCAGCUGAUGGAGAUACCAGAGCACAACAAGUCCCAGAAUCUCAAAUAGAAAAUGCAAAUGAAACCCCUAGGGAUGAGGAUAAUGUUGAGGAGCCCCAGGAAGAGGCCUUCACAUUCAGGUUAUUUCGGGACGAGGAACCCUCGCGGAAGGUAGUACUCAAACCUCAAAAUGCUGGCGCGGAAAAGAGUGGCGAUGGCGCUUUUAUGAUUGCCAAAAGGCCGGUCUCAUAUUACUUAGUUGGGGAGCUGUCACCUGAAGCUACGAAUAGAUUCAAGAUGACCGCAGUUAGUGCAGAUCACCUCUUCCAAGACGCAAAAAGGAGACGGUGGGGGCUUGAAAAGCCAUGGAAAGUCACAACUAUCACCAUCACUACAAACAACAAAAUAAGCGCCCCGAAUAGUUCUGUUGGCAAGAAUGCAAUUUCUGAUAUGGAAAAGAAGAAAAAGAGGCCAGGGAAGAAGCGAAGAAUAAUUCUGAGAAAGCGUGAGAAGGCAAAGAAGGAACAAGAGGAAGCUACAAAACAACAAACAGUAGAGAAGGAAGAGCACCUGAAGGACAAGAAAAAGAGACUGAAUAGGCAGAAAAAGCUAAAGCGGAGAGCUAAGGAAAGAGAAAAGAAACAAGAUGUGAAAUACGAUGCAGCUUCUGAGCAUAGUAAUAAGGACAGUUCGGACUAG